AUGGCGGCCCAGACAGGUACACGCCAUCCCGACCCUCUCCGCGCUGUCCAGACUGACAUGUCAGACGUCGAAAACGUCAUGCGCACCAUCUUCAAGCGCUGCGUCGUCUGUCCCAGCGAGGCGCCCUCGUGUCCCGACGCAUGCAAGGACGGUGUCAACUGCGUUCAAACAACCCAGACGUGCGACGCCUGCCCCCAGGCAAAAUGCCAAAGUAUCGGAAUCCAGGGCUCCGAUUCUAGCUCCGGGAAGCCCAAUGUAGGAGCCAUCGCAGGCGGUGUCAUCGGCGGUGUUGCCUUCAUUGCGAUAUUGGUCUUCGUCAUCUGGAAGUUCUGCAUGAAGGGCAAGAGACGGUCAUGGGUUGAGGAACAGGGAUGGAACGACGGAAUGGACAUGUCGACCGCGCAAGAGAAGCAGGACAACGAUUUCGCUUCGCGGAGGAGCACCAGGGCAUCGACACAUACAGUUGCUUCCAUGGCGUCUUCCGUCCUCACGCGCGCUUCCAACAUUAUCCAGAUCGCCUACAUCCCCGGCGUUACAAAUCGCUCAGGCCCCGGAUCUCCAGAUUUGCUUGUUCCACCUGUUCCUCCGAUUCCCGCCAUGUCUCCUUCCUCAGGUCUCAGCAGCCCGUAUGCAGCGUCCGAGCAGCACUUCUUCGUGCCAGACUUCCGUGAUUCGAUGGCGUCUGGGUCCACCGACGUGCGCAGCAGCUACGCCCGCACCAGCAUCGCCCCAAGUCUCGCUCGUGCCAGUGUUGCUUCGACCGUCUACCGCCAGAACGCCAUUGUUUCCCCUUUGCCAGCGCAAACCAUCGUGCGAGGAAAGGCGGCAGUCGUGAGCGUCAAGUCGAGCGGUUCCAACAGCCCGGCAGAGACGCCCAUGGCAGAGACCCCGCCGGUUCCUCAGAUUGAUCCCAAACACUCAGUCAAACCGAUCCGCAUCCAGAUGCCACGACAGGGCAGCGGCGCUCCGUCAUUGAGCCCUCAGAACUCAGUUCGCAGUACCGCCACCCUCGGCCCAGUGCGCGCACUCAACAUCACCAAAAAGAAGGGAUCCGAUGUCACCCCUCCCAAGAGCUCUUCCUCCAACCAGAGCGACCUGACGGGCUCAACAGCCAUAUCCGACCACCCGGUGCAAGCCAUGCGCCCUCUUACUGAAUACUCGGUCACCUCGUCCGACGAUGGUGUCGCACAUGCCCGUGCGCGCAAAGCCGGAGAUGUAGAUUCGGACUCGGACUCCGGGGAUGACGAUCACGCACGCGCGCGUCAAAGCUUCCUGCGCGACAGCGCCCUUGUCAGCGAGUUCUCAGACGACCACUCGAUAGCCGACCUACGGUCGCCCUUCUCCGACUACGCUGCCACCGACCGUCCUGUCGCACCGCAACGGCAGACGUCGCGGUCGAGCAGGCUGCAGGCCGCGCCGAUGACGCCCAUUGUCGAAGAGUCGGGGAAGCGACACAGCGCUGCGUCCAAGAGGACGCAGAGCCCUUUCUCCGACGACCACCGGAGCGAUCUUUAA